CAACUGUGUCACAGCUACCCUAUGUGAAGCAAGAUUCCUCAUAAUUUGAGGGGACAAUUUACGGAACCUCUUGGCAGUCUGCAUGUGGCACCAUCUUGCAGUUACCUCGGCCACAAACCUGGGGCCACAGGCGAGCAUGAACUUAAGACUGGUGAGAGAGGUUAGAGUUACUGUGGAGCCAUGGGAACAUUAGACACAGAGAAUAGGAUGUUAUGAAUGAAGGAGUGUUAUACAGGCUGGCUGGACAUUACUGGGUGAAUGUGGACAUGCAGAGGGAGGUAGGCAGAAGAGCCUAACAUACAGGGGAUUAACCCAAGCGGAGCAUGAAGGCUACUGGGCUGUAUUCUGUCUCUGGUUGUGAAAUUUGACCCCUCCCAAGGCUAGACAUGGCUAAUUGUAACAGUCCCUGAGGGCCAGCAUCCUUCCCACAACCACCCUUUUUGCUGGCCUGCUCUUGGUUGUCAUGGUAACUGUUGUUGUUGUUGUUACUACUGGACAACCAGCAGAAAGUGGGAAAAGAAGAGGAUUUGCUUUGAAUUUUUUUCAGACGAUGAAUGGGGAAGUCUCAAGAAUCAGUCGCUGAGAUGUCAACCGUUUGCGGAGAAUUUUCGGAGAACGCAUGGAAGAAAGAUCUGUGCAAAAACUGUCAGAGGUCCAGAGCAGAACACACAGCCAGCAAAGAUGGCGGCACUAAGGGAGGUAAGCCUGUUCCGACCAAAGCAAAGCGGACUUCCAUUACCCAGCCUCCAGAUGGUAAAGUUACGUCUUCAUCCGCCUUAAGUAUCAGCAAGAAGAUGUCUCCUAGUGCGGACAAACAAUCCUCAGGGAAUGUCAAGUCCCAGAAUUCCCAGACUUUGGCAAAAUCUGAAAAAAAGUCUGUGGAGACGAGUAAGGACGGCACUCACAAGUCUGAACCAACACCCCGUCAACGAAGCUCAGAAAACUUGAAAAAAGCAAAAGACAAUGCCGGCAAACAACCAUUGGCAGGUUUGACUAAAAAUGGAUUAAGACAGCCUGAUAAAAGGAUAAUCGAACAAAGUGAGAAGGCUUCCGUUAAAUCUUCAUCAGAAAAAUCAAAAGUGUCAUCAAAAAAGCCUGAAUCUCAGUCAUCCAAAGCAAAACCUGAACCUGGAAAAAAUGAGGGUAAUGAUUCUUCAGAACCAAAAAGUGCUCUGAAGAAAUCGCCGAAGAAAAUGGUAAAAAGUGCUAAAGUUAUCUUCCUUGAGAACGACCCUGAGAUUAUUGGCUACAAUGGAGGUGAAGAUAAUGAACCUCCAGAGGAAGGAAGUGAAUCUGGGUCAGUUUCAGCAGGAGACAAUGAUACUUGCUUGACGGAAGAGGAAAAACAGUUUUCAUUGCUCUCCUUAGAAAACACGCGCUGGAAUGCUGAUGUUAAAAAUCUUAAAAUGGAUUCCCCAUUGGAAGAAAAAAUGAAACGAGUUGCAAGCAAAGAAUUUGAGGAUGCCGAAUUGGAGUCGCUAUGGAAACCUGACAGAUUCCCUGCGUUAAAGGAUUGUGAUUCAGGGAAGUUGAAAGUUGGAACAUAUCCACUGGCGAAGAAGUCACAGCUUCGAGCAUCGCUGGAAGAUGUGUUCGGUGAGGGACAGACAGAAAGGUGCUCCUCAGAGACAGAAGUGUCGUCAAACAGAGUGAGUCGCUUGUCCUCGGAACCUCCGGAGGGCUACAAGUCCCCUUCAUCAAGUCGAGAAGUUUCCCCUGCUCUGGAUGCCACUGGUGCAAGGGUUGAGUCGCUGGCGUCGUCCAGAACGUCUUCGGUUUCAGAUGUUGAUGUUCCUGUGGAAGCGUUCAAAGUUAAGAAGGAUAAGAAACCGCGCGUGGCGUCAGCAUACAAAGUUGUGGAUAUAAAUCCAGAGCCUGUUGUCAAACCGUAUGGUAUUGUGGAUGUGUCAUCGGGGGAGGUUCCAGAAUCUUACCCACCCCCGGAGUUACCCUCCACCCCGGCGCCGACAAGGUCGCGGCGUUCCUCAGAGCGAACGUCCCCUGCCCGAUCGUCUUUGGCUGGAGACGCCGUCUCUGUAUCAAGUAAUUGCUCUUCUGAACAUGACAAUGUCAGUGAGUCGGGAACGUUAGGAAGACGCUCUCGGAAGGAAUCAAGCACGGGGGCGGAGCCUCAGGCUGAAAUGUCCAUAACUUUGCAAAUGCUGAGCGACAAAUCAAAUGAUGCAGAACUGAAGGCUGCCAUAAAGCUCCUGGAUGAAGUCUGGAAGGACGAAGAGACGGAACCUGAAACCGUGACUAAACACAGCGAGGAAGGUACCCCUCAGAAAAGCCCCAAACCCGAACACGUGCCAAAAGCAGCCAAGCGUGGGUCAGUCAUGACGGAAUCCAUGACGGAGGCUGAAACCAGCGCAAAUACUCAACCAGCCAAGGGACCAACUGACGCCACUUCUAGUCAGGAGGAAGCAUUCCAGCGGACAGAUUCAGGAAGGGCUUCUAAAGGCAAAUCACAUGCAUUUGAAGCCAAAAUGGCAUCCAUUGCAGCUAAUCUAGACUUGAACAAGCAAAACUUGAAGGGAAAACGCCCUGCGCCGCAACCCCCGAAUUCCCCACCUCCGGAACCCCCAGGAGAGCCUGUGAAAUCUCCAAAUAAGGUGACGUCACAGACACCAGAUCCCACAUUCAGAUUCGUCAAAGUGGGAAUGAUUCCAAACUCCUCAAGGCCAACAUCACCAACACCUGAAGACGAAGAGGCUCCAGAAGAAGAUGUUCAGGCAGAACCCCGUGACCUGGAUUCACCCAAAUUGUCCUCCAAGGCAAAUAACGAAGCUCGAAAGAGCGGAUUGAUGUCAUUUUUCUCAAAAUUUCUCCGCAGAGGGAAAGAAAGCGAAGGCAAUGGUGAGACUAUCACUGUUACAGCCAUGGAGGACACAAUCAAAUUUGUAGAUAAGAACGCUGUGGCAGACGAAACAAAUGGUGACCAGGUUUCCUUGGCUGAGUCUUCUACAGACGAUGUGCUAGAAUCAUCUGAUACCAAAAAUGGCAAAGUUACGAAUCCAACAAAACCAAAAGUGUCGCCUACUCCAAUGAAAUAUGCCAUUAGUGAUAUCAUGGAGGAAAUAUAUGGAAAAAACCAAGACGAGUUUAGUCAACAAGAGGGCGAAGCAAAGGUAGAUAAGUCUACCACUGAACCUGACAUUCCUGCGUGUAUGUCGAAAUCAGUGAAUUUUGAAGACAAUAAGAUUCCGGAAAUUAUGUCUAUGAGUUUGACCUCUUUUCCUACCACAUCAAACCCGGGACAUUCUUCCCUCAAGAAAGACGACAAUCCCAAAAGAGGGUUAGCAUCUCCAAAGCGCAGUGGUGACGGUUGUCGUAGAGAUUUCAAACUCGACACUUCAAAACAAAGCCAGAAAUCUCCAGACAUAUCACAGGUGCGUCGCAGAGUCAAGAGCCCGACAAAGCGUGAAGCACCAAGACCUGUGACAGCAUCCAAAGCCUUGGAAACCAAAAAUCCUCUGUUUGCCAAAGAGCUGGAGCUACGUCUGAGCAAGGGCGGCAUGGAAGGUAAACCUGGGAAGGCGGCAAAAUCCAUUGAGUCAAAGAAACUUCCUGCCCCAGAGCCUCCAACGUCACCAAAGUCUCCAACACCCUCGACCAAUGAGGUGAAGAAAGAUGGUCACCAUGACGACAGACCAACCAGCAUGCCCCCGGCCCCUCCCCCUGCUGUUCAGGACCAGGAGCUUUACCUUCCACCUUGGGAGUCACGUGUAUGUGAGAAAAUCGAACUGCCUUGUCAGAAAGGUAGGCGGAGCAUUCUGGGAAGGAUCGGAGGUCCACGGAAAUCCCGCCCCCCAGCACCGCCUCCCCCGGGCCCUGUGAAGGCAUCUGUGAAGAGGGCCAAGUCGAUUACAGAGUCGUCCCUACCCGCAGAGACAAAGAAGAUAGACAGGUCUGACAUCUCUGGACCAAUCCUUAUCCAGGGCAUGACCUCCACGAAUAGCACGACUAAGGCGGUGACCCGGCGGAACACGAUCACCCUCGGAGAUGACAGCUCGUAUGCGUCAGGCGGAUCCAGUUCUCAAGACAGUGGGUCAGGGUCCAUCGGAAGUAAGCGUAGUUAUGACGACCCACCAGAACCUCCAUCUUUGUCUCCGCUGGGGUCUUUGGAAAAUUUGUACGAGCCGAUUGGUCCACGCAGUCAGUCAAUGAGCAUGAGUUUAGAGGGGUAUUUGGAGCCCGUGGUUGCCUCAGCGGGAGAACAAGGGGCGACCGUAACGCAGGCUGCUGUGCAAAAGGAAGAGAAAGUCGAAUCUCCAAAGAAAGUGUUGUCGUUGGAAGAAGAGAGAGAACUCUUUUUGGCAUCACAGCCAAUCUACGAGGAAAUUCCGAACGGCGAUGUAAAACGUGAAGAGCUCUAUCCAGAGAUAAAGAUCAAACCAAACAAAACCAAACCCAAACCAGAACUCCAGAAGCAGACAUCGUCACCAGCGAUGGUGCAAGAAACUGUUCGUGAGGCAAUCAUAGCUGAGAUGCCUCAUGUCGUCAAUGAGAGACCCCCCUCACAACCGUCAUCCCGUGAAGGCACGCCCAAACCAGCAAUAAGAAGCCAGACUUUACCACGCCCGGCACCAAGGACAAAGUGCGGAGAGAAACUUAGCCCCGAAAUCGCCGGCCCAAAUUCUUUCCCACUUCAAGGGCCUCCACCAGCCACUGGGCCUCCACCGGCCACAGGACCACCGGGCCAAGGGAGGCCCAAGCCUGUUCCCAGACGGAAACCACAGGUUCUUGCCAAACCAACGGCAGUGAGGAAAUCGACGGUUGAGCAGUAUGUGGCAAUGAACCGUCCUGGAUGUGCCUCCAAGAACUAUUCGCUGGAGUGCUUGCGGGAAAACUUCAACAAGAUCACAGGUGCAAAUUUUGAAUCCUUGCAAGAGAUUUUAAAAGACACAGAGUCGGAUCUGUUGAACAACAAUCCUGUUGUUCGAGGGACGCUUCGCUGGACUCACUUUCGACUGUGUUCAGACAGUCCUCUGUUUGCAUCAAACAAAUGUGUUGUGUACCAAGCUACUCUCCCGGAGCUCAAGUCUGAUACAACCAUAUUCCAACUCAUGAUAUUCCCUAAAUCUCAGCACGAGAAUUCACAAGCCUUGGCACACGUUAACUGGUUAAACAUCCUCGCAGCGUUCACAGACAACAUUCCAGUGAAGUUCCUCUCAGAGAGUCUCCUUCAGGUCUGGAAGCUGCCCCGGGAAAUGACCAAUCAGGAUCAAGGUGGAAGGGUCAAAGUUCACAUUGUGGUGACACGCUACCAUACCUACGAGUUUCUCAACGAUUAUUUCUACUCUCUUCAGGAGAGCAUGCAAGUGACGAGUGAUGACUACUACCAGCAUUUUGUCUUCGUGCUAGUUCAGUGCUUCCGUGCGUUCUUGUUUGCAUUGGAGCGCGGGUAUUCGCUGUCAAACAUUGGGCUACAGGAUAUGAACAUUGUCUCUGCAAUUGGCAUGUCGGGAAAGUUCAUCAGCAUUUGGCCCAAAUUGAAGGCACAUGAAAACGGAUCGCCAGACGACAGCAUUUGCGGAAACGCGAAACGUAUCAUGCAGGAGAUGAUCCUAUCAUUCACAUGCAUUGAGCAGAAGUUUCCGCCGCGAUUUGAGUCAGCCAUGGACCGUGUGACGGAACUGCUUCAUCAGGAGCACACAGAGUGUCUGUCCAUCGCACGUGCCGUCUUGGAAUUCAGUCUCUGGGGACCAGAGAUGAAGGCGCUAGAAGACAUUAUGAACUCUAAUGCCCAAGAACAAGCAUUCGACAUGUGGUUGGAAGUUCAGAGGGCCUCCUUGAUCAACAAAUUAGCACGAAUGUCUGCUCGAAGCACACAGUCAAGAUCUGUUGAUGAUUUGUACAAGAUGAAAUUUCUACUGAAAUCAAAUGGUGCCAGCAUGGCUGAAGUUGCUAAGCAACUGUGGAAAAGAUAAUAAUCUUCCAGAUCUGUGUAUAAAGUGUGCGAUCUGAGAACUGAACAAGUGUGCGAUCUGAGAACUGUACAGUGUGUGAUCUGAGAACUGGACAAGCGUGCGAUCUGAGAAUUGCAUAAGUGUGGUCUGAGAACUAUACAGUAUGCGAUCUGACA